AUGUUGCUUAUAGAGUGCAUCAAAUCUGGUGACAGCGGCUCUGAGGAACAUGUGACAGGUUUGGAGUGCUGCCACAAAGCUUUGCUGCUCGGCUUGAGGAGUAACAAGAGUGGCCUGCCUAGGCUGUUGCUGCAGCUUCAGAGCAUCAGUCACGUCUCUGGUUCUGUGUCUGAGCUGAGCAGUCUUCAGGAGAACAUCUCUGUCACCGAGAGCCUGGUGAAGAGGUUCAUCACUGCUAAGAGACAUCCGGACCUUAAGACUGAACAGCAGGAAGAAGACGUCCAAACGGUCCGAGAAGACUUGGACCAGCUCAUGGACAUGGCCCUUCAAGUGUCCUCACAUGCGAAGGAGGCCUUACAGAAUGGGAAGGAGACAAAAAUCAAGGUAGAAAAUCUAUUCGGUGAUGCUGAAGCUCUCCUGGCAUCGAUACAAGAUUUCAUAAAGCGGCCAAAUGAGGCUGCAGAUGUCAUCGCGCUCUACGGCCAAGACGAAAUAACCACGAUGACGGAGGAGGCUCGGCGUCUCCUCGCAGAGGAAAUGAAUGAGAGAGGAUGCGCUGCCCACAGAGGCCGAGUCCGUCGUGAGAGGAAGAAGGCGCAGACAUUAUUGGAGAUAAUAAACAAGAUGGCCGCCGCAGGAACCAGCCAACUGACUGAGAACCACACCACUACCAACUCCCUGAGGACCUCAGAGGUUCUUCUGAAGAAGAUGACUGAUCUUCUGUCAGGUGCAGAGGACACAGUUAAAAGGACACAAGAUCUUAAUUUGAAGAGCGCUUCCAUCCUGCAUCACCUGCAGCAUCAUCAUCAUCAAGCCACUCUGGAGACAAACUCACUCCUUACUGUGAGCGAGAGGAUAGCACUUCAGUUAGACAACAUCACCAACAUCUUUUUAAAGCUGGAAGACAUCAAACAUGUGUUGGAGGACAACUCUGCUCAGUUAGACGGUGCCAAGCUGCAGCUCUUAAAGAGGAUUGAUAGCAUCUUCCAUAUCCUGGCCAAAGCGGAGAUGAUAAGCGAGGCUGAGAAGCAUGCAGAGGAGCUCAGCAGACUGGCCGCAGACAUGCAACAAGUUCUCCAUGAACUCAACAACACCAGGCUGCUCAGUGAGGCAAACACGUUUGACAACAUCACGACCAACAUGGGAGACGCAGCAGUGGUCGCACAUCACUCCAACAUGACCGCCACCGAAGCCUUAAAGGACGUGAUGUGGGGAUGUGUGCUUGUGACAACGGAGCUGGCCCAUAAUGCAACUCUAUUAUGGGAAGGAGCCAACACCACCCAUGACGACCUCAGACUGCUCUCACAGUCACUCAACAUCCACAAAGAAGUUGUGCAAAGGCAGAAAGACAAAGCAGACACAAUGCAAUUUUUCCUCUCCAGAGCCAGCGAUGACCUCAGAAGGCUCCAAAAAGAGGACAUGGGCACCCUGAUAGAGUCUGCCAACAAGGCUGCCUGGACCACAAACACCACUGUUGGUCAUGUGACGCACAGGCUGAGGAAUAUAAGGAAGGAAGUUUUAAACAUCACCUCUGUGGUUUUAAAUGACAACUUAAAUGACACACGCCAAGCUGUGAAGAGUUUGAGCAAAGCGCUCCCACUGGUGACAGCCAAGCUAGCUCAAGUGGAGGCCUUCAGAGGCAAGUGGCCUCCUAGUGACAACAUGACAGAAAACAUCAAGAGAAUCAAAGAACUGGUCCAGGAGACAAGGAGCUAUCUGAACAGGAUCUCCCUUGCCACCCCUUUCAGUGGAAGGGGUCACAUUGAGCUUCGUUCGCCCAGGCAGGUUGAAGACAUGAAGGCGUUCACAGCCAUCGAUCUUCUCAUCAGUGUGGAAGAAAAUCCCCAAAAGGUUGACAACAGCAUGUUUGUGUUGUACCUGGGCAGCGAGGAUGCUUCAGGAGACUACAUCGGCAUGGCCAUCAGGCGUAACAUGUUGAUUUGCGUCUACAAGUUGGGCGGCGUGAUCCACGAGGUGGAAACCAGCCAAAUAACGACCUUCACCAGCUCCUCCAGCUUUGACCGUGUUGUUCUCCACAGAGUUUACCAGGAUGUUGAAGUCAACAUCACAGCAAACUUCACGUCGCAGUGGCCCCGCCCUUACGAUCCUAAACGUUACCUUUCAAAUAUGAAUGGCGGCAUCCUUCAACUGGAUCCCCAACACACUGUGUUCUAUGUGGGUGGCUACCCUGAGCAUUUUAAGCCUCCCCUAGAGGUGCGCUACCCCAAGUACAGAGGUUACAUCAAACUGUCCUACAUCAACGAUGAGCCACUUUGUCUUUAUAACUACAAGCAAGCAGUCAACAUGGAGGCCAACGUGCAUGCUCUAAUGUUACCUCGUUCUGAGGUGUCCAAUUACUACGAGGGAAGCGGCUACAGCAUUGCCUCUGUGAAGGAGCCUCACAAGAGUAAGAGACGACUGUUUAAGUUCCACACAAACAGCCGGGAGACCAACGCCUUGUUGUUCUACAUGGGCAACAACGAGUCGUUUUGGUGCUUAUUUGUGGAGCAAGGCUAUCUGGUGCUUGAAGGUCAACAAGUGGGUGGACUGCGCCGAGUUCAAAGUGAUGACAAAGUGUCGCUGUUUGACAAAGACUUUGCCAUUAUUGUAGAGGACAAGUUAACGGUCCACUACGAAGACAAGCUCAUCUCCAUAAAUCAUAUUCACGCUCUGUAUAAGAGUUUUUAUAUCGGAGGUGUGCCGGAACACAUCAGAGAGAGACAUGGCCUCACAGCUCUGCCGCUGAAAGGAUGUGUGGACCAUGUGAUCGCUGAUGCCCAGAUUGUGGAGUACAACACAAUAAUAGGCGUCAGUGACGGCUGUCCCGUCACACUGCUGGGAGUUCGUACAGCCACUAUGCAUUCAUCUCUCUCUGCUGACUCACUGUUUGUACGGGACCACCAGCGAGUGUCUCUGGGCUUUAGGAGCAAACAAAAACAUGGCGUCAUUCUCAGGAGUAACUCGCAGGGCCCUGCCUCAGCGCACCUUUCCCUGUCUGAUGGCUACCUGGUAUUCCAAAGCGGUAAUUAUAGCUUGAUGUCAUCUGAAAGGUACAAUGAUGGAAGAUGGCACUACUUGAGUGCCACAAGGUCGCCGUCAAGGUUGGAGCUCAGUGUAGACAACGUCAUGCAGGGAGAAUCAGCUCAUAGAAGACCAGAAGAUGGCAUAGUGAAUGAAACAGAAGAAUUCAGAGGCUGCAUCGCUAACAUUUAUUCCAGGUCGGUUCAGAGCUUUACGCCAAUGGAUCUAAGUUCUCUGUCGGCAACGGGAGGCAUCGCCCUCGGUCAAUGCAGCCUCAGCUCGCCCCCGAAGAUUGGACUCAUACAUCCGGUUGUAGAUACAAGACCCCAGUACCUCAAUUUUAUACACACCAGUCUGGAACCUACAGAUGGUCAGUGUGGACGCCAACAGCGAGUUGACCACCGUGGCUACCAGCUCUCACAGGCCGACAGCUGGCUCGGUUACCAGCUGCCUCAGCAGGACCUUAAUUACAGGCCUCACUUCUCCCUCGAUGUCAAGACACAGUCCACUAAGGGGCUUCUCCUCUUUGUAGAAGGGAGAGGGCCCGUCCCCCUGCUGGCCCUGUACAUGGCAAACGGCAAGAUCAAGAUGACAUUGGGACAAAAGCGAGUCAUCCACCACAAGACGAUGACCAACGAUGGAAACUGGCACAGAGUGGAGUGCAGCGUGGAGAGAAGCACCUUCCAUCUGCUGGUGGAUGGUAUCCGUGUGACCGAUGGCCAUUUGCCCAACAACGAGGGCUCAUCUUUGAACUUCCAUAGUCCUGUGUACCUGGGAGGUCACCCUCAGAGCGCCUACACUGCUAAAGGUUCUAAUAUCCCCACCACCAGCAUGUUGGGUUGCAUACGUGACCUCAAAAUGAACGCUCAAGCCGUCGGGGACCCUGCGGCGGGCAACAUGGUGUCGCCCUGCUCGGAGGGGCUCACAGAGACUGGGACCUACUUCGGUGGAGGUCACAUGGUCUUAGAUGAUUACUUCACUGUGGGCUCUCACUUUGUGUUGACGUUCGAGCUGCGCCCUCAAUACCUGACAGGCCUCGUCUUCUAUUUUGAAGGCUACAAGAGUAGCUUUAGUGUGUUCUUAAUUAGAAGCACGGUGGGGGUCACUGUCAAUGACGGAAGUGGUGAUGUCAGCGUGUCAGUGACUCCCCCCAACCUCUGUGAUGGGGAGUUUCACGUCAUUAAAGUUUCCAAACACAAACGAGUUAUCAGGCUAACGGUGGACUCCACAUCUAAAAAGAAGGCGGGACCUGACGUGUCCACCUCCUACCCCUCGAUACUGGAAGCCCUUUACAUUGGAGGAGCCGAACAGGCCGAAGGUGCCGCUGUGGCAUCCCCGUUUGUGGGCUGCUUGCGAAAUGUGGCGCUUAACGGCAGGCGUGUUGCAUUGGAGACAAGGGCGAGGGUGGUCGGCCAUGUUAACAUCAGCAGAUGCCCUGCACCAUGAGGAGGAUGUGUAGUCAGCGUUCUACUACUACUACUACUACUACUACUACUACUAGUCCAAUAUUGAUUCAACAAUUGCAUUUGGUCCUAACAGGAAUCAUUUGCAGAGGAAUGUCCUUAAAAAUUGGAAGACACUUUCCCAUGAAAUGCAA